UCCGAAGAGAUCAGUGCUCAGCCGGCCUCAAAUGAGAGAAGUUCAUUCGAGGGGACAUCGAUCGAACUGAGUAGCGGAUAUCGGAAGUGAUCGAUUGACUUGUCAAGCAGUGUAAGCAGUUUGCUUAAGUGACCAAGCAAGAACCUCUUGCUUAUAACCGGUGGUGUAGUUUUCUCAUGCUUUCAUUCCUGGUUAAUAUGUGGCCAGCGAUUGAACUAUGAACGGUGAUAGGUUACAAAACUAGAAACAACAAAUUCAUGAUCAGUGUGGACGAGUACAGGCUUAUCUCUAGCUAAUCGAAGCAUCCAGGAAGUAGAUCGACCAGCUUGCAAUGGUGAACUUUUACCAGAGAUUUGUGACCUGUCCUGCAUCGAAAUGGUUGUUGAUCGUUCUGGCAGCGGUGAUCGGCUUCACGACGAUGGCUGACGCUCAAGGAGAUUACAUGUACGAGGGUGAUCCGUGCACUUUGAAGGAUGGCACAUCUGGCGUCUGCAUGGAAUCGAUCAAAUGUGCUUGGUUCAACGAGACAAUCAUUAAGAAGAAACAGUUCAAUCAGCGGGUCAGUUGCGGAUUUGACGGUAUGAUUGAGAUUAUUUGCUGCAAAACCGAUACGGUGUCGGUCGGAAUUCGGACGCGAUUGGCAUGUGACAAGAUUCCGAUGGUUGACAAUCGUCUCACAUUCCACAUUAUCGAUGGCGAGGAAGCAGAUGACGGAGAGUUCCCAUUCAUGGCCGCAUUGGGCUAUCAGAACGAUGAAAUUGCGAAAGGCUAUGACUACAGAUGUGGCGGAAGUUUGAUUGCGGAUAACUUUGUGCUAACUGCGGCUCACUGCAUUCCCAUUAACGGUCGACCUGUGGUUGUGCUUUUGGGAACAAAAACUCUCGAUCCCGAACACUUUGGCGUGAUCGUCGGAAUAAAGCAAUUCUUUCCCUACCCAGACUAUCGAGCGGCUCGCAGUUACCACGACAUCGCACUGAUUGAGUUGGAGAGAAGCCUCGUAAACGAGCCUGAUGUUAAUCCAAUAUGCUUGUACAGUGGAACAGAAGAUCUCCCGAAGACAACAGUAUUGACUGCUGAAGGUUUUGGCAUCGUUGACAGUGAUAAACAGCUCCGGUCGGAAAUUCUGAUGAAGGUUAACCUCACGACGGUAGCACUGGACAAGUGCAAUCAAACAUUUGCCGACAACAAUCUUCUCAAGAACAACCGACGGCUUCCUCAGGGAAUCAUCUCGACGCAAUACUGCGCCACUGGGCGCGAAAACGAAGACACGAAACUGAUCGGGGACACGUGUCAGGGUGAUUCCGGUGGACCGCUGCAGAUUAUCGAGGAUGGCAAAUACAAGCUAGUCGGGGUCACUUCCUUCGGGAAUGGUUGUGGAUCAGCCACGCCGAGCGUCUAUACCAGAGUAUCACGAUAUAUCGAUUGGAUCGAGUCCGUAGUGUGGCCAAAAGUUACUCCGAAGUAAACGUGUUGUGAGUUUUAGUGAAAAAAGACAAAAUACAAUGAUUUUUUUGGCUCGACUAUUGGAAUCUUUCUCCA